UUUGAUCUCACUUCUACUUCUACGUUUUUCAUUUUAAGCUCCUCAAACCCAAAACGCGUUACUAAAACUGAGCCAACAAGCAAACUGAAUUUGAUAAUGGGUAAACCUAAGGGAAAGUCGAAGAAGCAAAGCCCUGUAUCAAAAGCUGAAGAUACGCUUCUAGAAGAUUACUUUUCUUGUCCAUUUUGUGACAAAACAUUCAAGAAUAAAGGUACUCUCACUAGACAUAUUAAAAUGCAUGAUGAGUUUAGAAAAAUGGCAUUUGAUGAUGAAGAUAUGGAUGGUGAUAAAUUUCCUUGUUCCCAAUGCUCCAUAGUAUUUGCAAAGAAGAACAAUUUACUAAGUCAUAUGAAAACUCAUUCUGCUAAUAAUGAAGAUGAGGCCUCUUGCAGUACGAGUUUCGAAGAUGAAGAGGUUGAUUUAUUUCCAUUCGAAUGCCCUGAUUGUUGCGAAUGUUUUUCUGAAGAACGGCUGUUAGUUGCCCAUUCAAAAACCCAUAAUGUGACAAAAGCUAACAAUGGCAAAAUGUGUAAAUCUACUUUUGCCCACAAACGUGAUCUAAAGAGACAUGUUAUAACUCAUACAAGUUCGAAAUCAUCUUUUAAAUGUGACUUUUGUAAUGCCACUUUUAAUAAUAUUUCUUCCCAAAGAAAGCAUGCUAGGCGUCAUAUUAUUUCGUGUGGUCUUUGUAAGUGUUCAUUUAAAAGUUUAGAUGAAUUUCGUACCCAUGUGAUGGACUAUCAUAAAAGUAACUCAGCCAAUGCUGCAAAAAGAGAAUCUGUCAGCGAUGAUAGUUCUGAGUGUAGUGAUGAGGAAAGACAAGUUGAUUCUUUUGCAGAGGCAUCGGGCAGUGACAGCACUGGUCUUGAUCAAACUGCCAUAACUAAUUUUGAAAGCAAUGUUUCUAAACAGCAAAACGUUUCUUUUGCGAAUGUUUCUCAUAAUUUAAAAGAGAAAAGUGCAACUGAGUGUUUCAUGUGUCUUGAAUGUCAAGUCCAAUUUAAGACGAAAACUGCUCUUCAGGAACACUCCAAGAAUUGUUCUCUUUUACGCUACAUUUGCAGUUCCCCUCAAUGCAAUAAUAUGGUUUUUAAUAAUAAGGCAUCAUUUUUGCAUCACAAGGCAGUAAAACAUCAAUCGCCUCAAACCAAAGAGCAAGUGCCUCCUGCAAAAGCCAAUGUCAAUGAAAGCACCAAACAAAUGCUCAAUUCAACGAUUAUACCAGUAAAUGAAAUGAGCUAUGUUAACCAAAGCCCAAGUACAAGUGGUAAUCUCAGGGAUGCAAGCAGUUCCACUAUUGGAAAUGAAACCAUUUAUGUAUCUCAGAAACCUGAAAUGUAUCAUUUGGGUAAUAAUGUUGUCUCAAAUUUUGUUCAGCCCAACGUAUUCAAUCCGCUGAUGGAUCCGCUACUUCUUGCUACUGGUUUUGUACCACAAUAUGUUGACGCUACCACUGCUUACAUUAAUUUCAAUAUUGAAAGUUACAUUCCAUGGUUUCAAAAGUUUCUUAAUAUGAUUGAGUCUUGUGAAUACCCAUUACAGUAUGAGCUAUUCGAACGGAUCACUCAUUGUUUGAAAGUAAUUUCCAAUAUUAUUGGCCGUCCGCUAACUAAAAUGAAUGAGCAACAGAAUUUUGCACUUUUAUACAAGUUCCAUAAGGAAUUCUCAAAAAUUUCUAAAAAGCAUUUGAUGCAUAUUGCUAAUGAUAUUUUUAAAUAAAUGUAUUGCUGGACCUUGUUCAAUGUAUUACAUAUUCAUUAGCUUUUUAUAAAAUGACAAUUGCUCCAAGCUGAAAGUGUUGAGUUCUCCUGAAACAUUUUUUCCCCUUCAAUUUAGAGCAAGUAAUUGAACGUUAGACUUUUCAUUUUGUAUUUUUUUUACAAAAUAUUUGUGUGCAACCAGGAAGUGCAUACUCUAAAAAAUCUGUAAUGUAUCAUUCGGUAAAUCUUGUAAAUUUUUGAACCCAACAAGCUUGAUAUAUUCCCUUUCCAUGGAUAUCUUAGAUUUACUCUUGAAUUUUAUUUAACAGCUUUAAAGAUUAUCAUCAAAUAUUACUGAUAUUUUCAAUGGAAUUUUCCAAUAUAUGAAUGGUAUCAAUCUUCCAAUUAACCCUAAUAUGUUUUAAAACAAUAUAAAAAAAGUAUUGUUUAACUAUGUAUAACCAGAGGUAAUACAGGUACAAACUUGACAUGUUUUAAAGUCUCUUCACAAGAUAAAGUCCAUAAAAAUGGCCAUUUCUUAAAAUUCUGUAUCUUAAAAUCCAUCUGUUUACAUUUCUUGAUGCAACUGUUUGCAUGGCUCUAUCGUAAUUUGCCAUUUUGAUUAGCUGAUCUGAAAUCAAAAUCUUUCUAAAAAGACACUUAUAUUGAUUUCUUAGGGCAGCAGUAAAAUAUCUAAGCCUCAGAACAGCAUUCAGAUAUUCUACUCUUGCUCUGAGUCGACAAUAUUGUGUUUCAUAUGAUACUUGAUUUAAUGUAUGCAUUCUGCUAUCUGUGAAAAUUGCUAGGAAUCUUAAAUAAAGUUAUUAUGUUAAUGAAAUUGCUUUAUUAUUCGAUUAUUAAAUGAGGUUUCUACUAACCGUAAUGCAUUUUAAGUUAAUCUUUUUUUUUAUAUGUAAUCAAAGGUAAAAGGAAUGUGUAUUGUUAUAAAUAAGGCCAAAUUAUGUGCACUCAAAAUUCAUGUAAGCAUGAACAUGUAGGUUGUUUCAGAAAAGACUCCUCUAAUUUAAAUGAAAGCAACAGCGAAAGGGUGACAGAUAGAAAAGUAAAACAAGUGGUAUGUUAGUCUGAGAGGUCUGGAUUUUUUUAUGCACUGGUUUUCUGAAAAUUGGACAUUAGACAGUGACUGUAGUCGCAAAUAUCUUGAAAGUGUAUUUCUUGAACAGCAGUCAAAUCUCGUUGCAAUGAAUUCGAUAUGGCCUCAUUUCACAGCAGUAACAUGAUGCAGUCAAGGUGUGUAGUGCGAAGUCACUUGAUGCAAUGUGUGGACACAUCCCUCCCCCCAAAUACCACGAGGAUACCCUCCCAACAAAAAGAGCAAGUUACCCCUUACCCUCCCCUCCCCCCUAAAUAUUUCAAUGCCGCAGCCUGCGCCAUGGGUGGACACCCCUGCCAUAUCAAACUCAUUGCAAUAAGAUUGGACUACUGUUCAAUGAACACAUUUUCAUACACAGACAUUUGUGACUACAUCGCUUUCUUAUGUCCAAUCUUGGAACGUUUUUUGGAAAUCUGGUGCGUAAGAAAUUCCAGACUUGUCUGUCCAACAUACCGCUUGCUUCACCUUUCUAUGCGCCGCCCUUUUGCUGUAAUGCCAGUUUAUCACUAUAAUUAACUCCGGUCUCAGUAUACCUAGAAUUAGAGCGAGUGUCCUUUUGACCCCAAAAGAAAUCUGCUGUUUUCUUCAUGACGAUAUACAUUUGUAAAAAAUUAGUUAAAAAUAAACAUAUUUAAUAAAUGCAGUGUUUAUUUAAAAUAUGUAGAGUUUAUGAAUGUAUAAUAAACUACUUAUAAAAAGUCUAAAAUAACCAUUACUGUUUGAGUUGCAUUUCAGAAACUAACUGCUAAUGCUCCUUUUUGCGUACAAAACGUUAUGAAUGCUUUAAAUUCUUGCAAUGUUACAUUCUAAGAAGCAUUUUUGAAUUGGUGCUCUGUUACAGCAUCAGUAAAUGUAUUUUUUUUAAUUUCCUUUUUUUUUCUCAAAAAGGUCAAAAUGAAAGCUGCUCACACUUUUCUGUAUCAUCCUUUAGUUUGGGUUUUAAAAAAAGUACAAUCUUUUUGAAAUGUUGUGUUGCUGUACAGCACAAUGAAUUAGGAAAAUGCAAGGAAGGAUCAAGUUUUUUAUGAAAAUACAGAGAAGCAGUUAGCAAAAGAAUCUUUCUUUUAGUCAAAAUAACCCCUCCCAUAAUUCUUGUGGGAUAUAAUCAAAUACCCUGUACAUGCACUGAAACUGAGAAAUAUACACUAAUAUUUUUUUGCUCGUGCAAAUAAAGUCGUUGCAUCUAAAUAAAAAAUAGCUUCUCU